GCGGGAUUUUACAAUAAUAAAAGAAUUGCUUUACUUAGCAUUAGAAAAAGCAAAAGUGAAAGGGGAUUCUGGUACUUGCGGUCAAAUGACGCCUCAUACAAAUCGCCCAAUCACAAUACAUCUGCUGCAUCAGUCACGUUGUUUCACAAACCUGGAGCGACCCGAUCAUAAAUAUAAAUGGUAGAUAUCGGUGAUACUGUAAAAACAAUAACACAACACAACACAGCAACAUACGCAGACGAAGUAACAUGGCAAUAAGCACCUUUUUUCCUCGGUCAUUCGGCCCAUUAUUUUCCAAGCUCAUCCCCAGGGUCUUCCCCUCGACGAUUUUGCCAAUUUCGUACCAGCUGGACUAGGGCGAGCACAAAAGCGAGGUCGGCUGUGUCGCCAUUUGUAUCUGAUCAAUUUGAGCUUAUGCCUUUGUUUAUUCCUGCCAGAUUGUUGUAGUUCGGCUUGAAUUUUGGCCUUCAACAUGGCCAUGAUUGCUAGCGCAACAGGUGUGUCAGGAAAGAGGAAAGAAAUCUACAAAUAUGACGCACCGUGGACAAUCUAUGGCAUGAAUUGGAGUGUUCGACCGGACAAGCGAUUUCGGUUGGCGUUGGGAAGCUUCGUGGAAGAGUACAACAAUAAGGUUCAGAUUAUUUAUCUCGACGAGGAAACUGCUGAAUUUGUGGUGAGAGCGACGUUCGACCAUCCGUACCCCACCACGAAAAUUAUUUGGAUACCAGAUAGUAAAGGCGGGUAUCCUGACUUGGUAGCAACAUCGGGAGAUUACCUGCGGGUGUGGAGAGUCAGUGACUCUGAUGUGCGUCUGGAAUGUCUGCUCAAUAAUAAUAAGAAUUCUGAUUUUUGUGCUCCACUGACGUCUUUUGAUUGGAACGAAGUGGAUCCAAAUCUGUUGGGAACAUCAAGCAUUGAUACGACAUGCACGAUAUGGGGAUUGGAGACUGGUCAAGUUCUUGGAAGGGUGAACAUGGUAUCAGGACAUGUCAAGACACAACUCAUUGCUCACGAUAAAGAGGUGUAUGAUAUUGCAUUUAGCCGUGCUGGUGGAGGACGAGACAUGUUUGCCUCAGUGGGAGCUGAUGGUUCUGUCAGGAUGUUUGAUCUGCGGCGUCCCAGCCAGUUGAAGCCUGUAAUUUCCAGCUGCGUGAGCCAGCAGGCUAAAAGGAUUUGUUUACUAGGUGAUUUAUUGACUCUACCUUCUCUGAUAGGUGACGAUCACCAAGCAUUGAUCUGGGACAUACAGCAAAUGCCACGCGCCAUAGAAGAUCCCAUUCUAGCCUACACAGCAGAUGGAGAAAUCAAUCAAAUCCAGUGGGCCAGCACUCAGCCGGACUGGAUCGGCAUCUGCUACAACACCAGUCUGGAGAUAUUAAGAGUAUAGCAAUGAAUCUUAUAUGAAAGUAAACGUUAUAUAUUUAACAUGUACUUAAACAAGUUUUAGGAGGCUAAAUUAUUUUGCGUGGCUAGCUUUUGUUUAUUCAGGAACAUGAUCGGAAGGGUGCCAGGGUAGAUUGUUUCAUUUUGUCCCGUUUCGGCCCAUUUUAGGGACAAGAUCUUAUGUUUUGAAUGAGGACACUAGUACAUAUGCACUGUACCUGCAUAUGUCAUCUGAAUCUUAGGGAUUGAGAGGUUUAUAAGUUCGCAUUUUCCUCGGUAUAAUUUCAUGACGCCUUUUUUAUUCUUAUUUAUUUCGUUUGGACAACUUUUGCACUGCAGUAUGUUGUCUUGUAGGUCAUUUGUUCAUUGCCAUUUGUAUAUAGUUGCGCUACAUGUAUAUUAUUUUGCAACGUUUUUUUUAUGCUAGAGAAAUUUUUUUCGUGUAUUGCUGAUUUUACUUCUCUUUGCGUUAGUUGUCAAUACUCGCAAAUGACAUACACGUACAUGUACAUGUAAAUGACAAGAAACGCGCUAGCACUCUCUAUCCUAAACUGGUCCUUUUAUGUUGAGCUUCGGCGGCAUAUUGGUCGAGACAUGAUUCAUAACUUUUAUUCACUGUGCAAUGAAUGACUUGUUUGUACAGCUGAACGUGUCCUCGUUUAUUGGAUUUAGCAGAUUUCUUGUUGUUGUACUCUAAUGUACCAUGAUCUGUGAUCUUGGUUCAUUGAUUCUGGUCCAUAUCAUCCCAGAGAAAUGACCAGAUGUAGAUGUACACUGUAGGUUAAAGAAUGUCAGACUGGUGGCAAAAUUACAUGCACGUAGAACGUUUGAACUGUCUCAGGCAUUACAUACGUUCGUAGGUUAGCGUAAGAUUCUUAAGGGUUGGUGCUUCGAGACCUGAGCACUGUAUAAGACGUUGAGCAGAUGAGCAGCAUUAAUUAGUUUGCGACGCUUAAUCGCUAAUCAAACAUUUCCCCCGCGCAUUAAUUUUGAAUUAUUGAUCCUGGUCCUUUAUUCCUUUUGUUUUGUCAGCUGUGAUUCCGUUUGCCGCGCCAUAAUCUCUACUCCAAGCACAAGGUGAAUUCUUAACAUAGGACGGCUUAGGCCGUGUUCACACCUGGUCCCCGAGCACUGGUGCCCGGGCUCCGGCACAAAAUAGUCCUGCGUUCAGACACUGAUUACUCGAAAGACCCAAGUACCAUUUAGGGCCCGAUUACGA